AUGAGCAAUUUACCGACGGCUAUUCCCCGAGGCUCAUGGGUCCUCGUGACGGGAGCGAAUUGUUACACCGGCAGCCAUGUGGUCAUAGAGCUUCUGAAGCAGGGCUUCAAAGUGCGCGGGACUGUGAGAGAUCUCUCAUACAGCAAGUGGCUGCUCGAGCACCCAGCCGUGAAGCCACACGCAGACGAAGGCAAGGUGGAAUUGGUUGUCGCAAACACAUCGAAGCCAGGAGAUUUCGAUGAGGCGGUGAAAGGUGUCUCGGCUAUUAUUCACCUCGCCAAUAUCGGCGAUUAUACGCCAGAUCCGAAUGUCGGUUUCGCAUCAGCUAUUGAGGCUGCUUUGACCGUGUGCCGAUCUGCUGCCAAGGAGGCGUCAGUCAAGCGAUUUGUGGUGGCAGCUGGAUUAUGGUCAUCAGUCUGGCCUAAGCCUGGGGAGACAAAGACUGUUGGACAGGAUACGUGGAACGAUGAUUUAGUCAAAGUCGCACAGGCGCCACCACCGUAUGAGUUGAGCCGUAUCCUUCCAGUUUACCUGGGUGCCAGAGUUGAAGCGGAGAAGGCAGUAUGGAAGUUCGCGAAAGACGAGAAUGUCCCAUGGGAGCUCAAUUCUGUUAGUCCUUGCUGGAUUCUAGGCGAUCCGCUGGAUGCGAGACACUAUGGGCCUAUGCCUACUCAGCUCUUGCAGCAACUAUACCUUGGCAAGACAGAUGCCCUGAAGGACAACACAACGAUCUAUUACACUCACGUCUCCGAUGCAGCUGUCAUUUAUGUCGUGGCGGCUAUCGACCCAGAUGUCAAAGGCGCUCGCAUUCCCGCACUAGCCGAGUCUUUCAACUGGAACAACGCUCUGGCUAUCAUGCGUAAAGCAUAUCCUGAGGAAGAUUUUGAAGAAGACUUUGUACCUGGCGACCCUGUUCUGAGCUACAAUAUUGAGAACGAUAUUGCGCCUGAACUGCUGCAGAAGUGGGCUGGUAGGGACUGGAUCAGCCUCGAGAAGGGAAUUACAGAGACCAUCGACUUUUCCAGGAAGCUGGGUAACUUGGACUAG